CCUAAAAACUAUGGACCUUUCAUUUGCUCUUCAUUAAUUUGAACUAUUUUACAUUUUCCUAUAUCAUAAUUUGUGAGUACUAAUCGCAGUUCUAAUCUAGCGCGCAAAGAGAUUAGAGAUUUGCCAGCAAGUGUCCAAGACACCUAAAGGUUGUUAAUUUAUAUAUUGGAGAAGUCAUGGAAAGAACAAAAAUUUGCUUGAAGCUACUGGUUGAUGGCAAAGCUCAUAAAGUUGUGUUUGCUGAAGCUGGAAAAGACUUCAUUGACUUCAUAUUUAAUAUACUCACAUUACCAAUCGGAUAUUGCAUUGGGCAGCCUAGUACUAAGUCUGUGUUUGGUUCUCUAGGCAACAUAAUCCCAAUAUUGAACAGCGCGGGUUCUAAUUAUAUGCAACUCAAUGAACUUGGGAAUGUCCAGGAAAUCAUGGCAUGGAUAGUCACUGAUAAUCUGUUCAUUGCACCGUCUUCUGCAGCUAGUGUGAUUUCUGUGCUAAAAAGAUGUAAGGCACAAGUUGAUCAACUUCAAUACAAGGCGAUUGAUUUUCAGAUCAGUGAUUUGGAACAAGAGUUCUUGCAGGUUUCUUUGAAGUCCAAAACAGUUCUAACGGACCUUUUCCUUCGGCAGACAGGAUGGAGAAAAACAAAAAAUGGAGAAAAAUGCAAUGUGACACUUAUAAUCGACACAAAAGCCGAUAGAGUUAUCUUUGCUGAAGUAGGAAAGGACUUGUUUUGUUUCCUGAUCAGAUUACUUCAACUUCCAAUUGCAACUGUUAUCAACCAAACUAAAACCAAUGGAGUUGGCUGUAUUGGAAAUGUAUACCGAAGUUUUAAAAAUCUGAAUGAAUCCUACAUACAGUCCAAUCAAACAAAGGAUGAACUCCUCAUGGCAACUGUAUCAAACUCUUGGUUCGAAGCAUUGCAGUUAUUUCAUGAUACUCCAAACAAACUUUUGGAUAGGGAUAUUGGGGGUUACGUUAAAGGUCUAGUAGAGUACAUGGUAACUGAUGAUUUGUCAAUAACGCCUCUGUCUCUGAUAUCUGUUAUGUCGAGGCUCAAUAUAUGCAAUAAUGCAGAAUCAACUACAAAGCUUGAAGUGAAGACAGUUGAGUUUGGUGUUAAUGAGGCUCUGAGAUUUUUAGAAGCAUCAUUCCGAUCGGAGAGAGUCCUAAGCGAAGUUUUUCUUGUGAGGGAUGAGCUUGAUGUUGUUGUGGUUGCUUGAUUGAAAAACUAUGGAAGAUACUGCAUGUUGUGUUGGGCUUUUAAUUUAUUAGAAUGCAAUCUAUUUUACUUUGGACAAUGCUAGAAGGUGAUUUGGUUUCAGGUUUCAAGUUAACAAGUAAUUUGUGUUGUUGUUUGUUUGAAGAGUAAACAAUUAUGUGAAUUGAGCUCAAAACGUUAUUUCCAAACAAUCCAUUAAGAGGCAUGUGGUUCAUUUUGUUUAGGGUUACGUUCAAAAAUGUCCC